AUGGAGUUCACCAACCAGAGUAAAUGUAUCUGCUUGGCAUUGGUCCUGAUCAUGCUGGGGGCCUGGUCUUCGGAAGCCACUUCUCGUAGCCUGCAAGAUGCAUUAGCUUAUGGGAGGUACGAGCAAUGGAUAGCUCAUUAUGGGCGUGUGUAUAAUGAUAUCAAUGAAAAGGAGGAUCGCUUCAAGAUAUUCAAGGAGAAUGAGGCAUAUGUUGAGUCCUCCAACAAAGAUGGAAACAAACUUUACAAAUUGAGUCUGAACCAAUUUGCAGACCUUACAAAUGAGGAGUUCACUGCCUCAAGAAAUCGAUUCUUGGGGAAUGAGUGUUCCACAAAGACCACUACUUUCAAGUACGAAAAUGCUACUGUGCCGGCUACAAUGGAUUGGAGAAAGAAGGGAGCUGUAACUCCAGUGAAGGACCAAGGCCAAUGUGGAAGUUGUUGGGCCUUCUCAGCAGUGGGAGCUAUGGAAGGAAUCACUCAACUCACAAUUGGUAAACUAAUCUCUUUGUCUGAGCAAGAGCUGGUUGACUGUGAUGUCAAUGGUGUAGACCAAGGUUGUUCAGGUGGCCUUAUGGACGAUGCCUUUCAGUUCGUUAUUCAAAAUCAUGGUAUUAAUACCGAGGCUAAUUAUCCCUACACGGCUGCUGAUGGUACAUGCAAUGCCAAGAAGGAAGCAGGACAUGCAGCCACGAUAACUGGCCACGAAGAUGUGCCUGCAAACAGUGAAAGCGCUCUUCUUAAGGCCGUGGCUAAUCAACCUAUUUCAGUUGCCAUUGAUGCUAGUGGAUACGACUUCCAGUUAUACUCAAGUGGUGUUUUCACAGGAACAUGUGGAACUGAACUAGACCAUGGUGUUACUGCUGUUGGCUACGGCGUGGAUGCUGAUGGAACCAAGUACUGGUUGGUAAAGAACUCAUGGGGUGCACAAUGGGGUGAACAAGGUUACAUAAGAAUGCAAAGAGAUGUUGCUGCACCGGAAGGUCUAUGUGGCAUUGCCAUGGAAGCCUCUUACCCCACUGCAUAG